ACGAAGAAGACAUGCUGCCAAUCCGAGCUGUGGUGGUGAUCGCACUUACUGUUUGUCUGACUGCAAACACAUCAGCAGCUUAUCCUGACUGCUGUCGAAGGUACAUGACAGGCAGAUUACCAUAUUCAGCCAUCAAGGGGUACUCAGUCCAGACUGUUACAGAGAUGUGUCCCAUCAAUGCCAUCAUUUUCCACACAAAGAAGGGGAAAGCAUGUGCCAAUCCAGCUCUGAAGUGGGUGAUUGACGCUAUUGAUCGCAUAAGGAAAAAAGCGCAGAAGAUCCACCAGCGCAGCUCACAGCUGCAGAAAUAG